AUGUUCCACCCUUCUGAUUGCCGUUCUGUUUCAGACCUCUGCCUCAAACGGCUCUACGUGUGCUGUAGACCUCCGGGAAGCAACGGACACCAAAUGCCUGCUGGAAAUAUCUGCAGCACUCUUGUUCCGCGAGAAUUUUUCACCCUUCUGAUUGCCGUUCUGUUUCAGACCUCUGCCUCAAACGGCUCUACGUGUGCUGUAGAUCUCCGGGAGCUUCUGAUUGCCGUUCUAUUUCAGACCUCUGCCUCAAACGGCUCUACGUGUGCUGUAGAUCUCCGGGAGGCAACGGACUCCAAAUGCCUGCUGGAAAAGUGUUCCAGCUUCGUGUGGCUGCAUAGAGUGUUUUGGAGCAGUGUGGUGGACGGUGCCAUGUUGCGCACCAUCUGCAAGGGUCUUCUCUUGGUAAGGGUCAACAAAGUAACGGAGGACUGCAACAUCACAAGCGUGAAGCAAAGGGCGAUCCUUCCUGCCUCGUGUGGUUUGUCGCGCAACCCGCUGACGCGUCUCCACAAUGUGUAUGGGCGAAGCAUGAGGACAAUAUUGUAUACUUUACGAGAUCCUCAUUCGAGGCCAUCUACGUCAAAGGCUGACGAGCCUGACGUCUCUUUUAUUGUGCGUUUUCCUCUAAGUCCUACUUACCCGAAUGGGUUUCUCUCGCACGCUGGAGUUUUGCCCGUUGCCCGUGGGGGGCGCCGUCAAGUACAGGAUGUCAUGGAGGCUAUUGUCCCGGCGUAUGGCGAGAAGGGGAUUAAGACAGAGAGCGUGUAUAAGGCAUAUUCCGUCAUUAUCAUGGAUUCGAGAAUUGGCGUGCCUGCACCGUGGAGUUCGACAGCGUUCCCAUGA